UGUCGUCCGGAGUGAAACAAAUGUUUCACUAACUUUCUCUCUUUGCUUUUAUUACGUAAGACACUAAACGGACGCGCAGCUAACUUAACCCAAGAUAUCGGAAAAAAGAUGGCGAGCGGACUUCUGUCCCGGGCCGAGGCCUUGGCCCUGCCGGGCGUCCGGCACGCCUGCCACGUGAUGCUGUACUCGGACACGGAUGCCAAGCUGUUUGGGAGGAUUCCCUUCAGACACGUUGUCCUGAUGCAGAUGCGCUUCGACGGCCUGCUGGGAUUCUCCGGCGGCCUGGUGGACCCGUCGGAGGAGACGCUGGAGGAAGGGCUGGGCAGGGAGCUGCUGGAGGAGCUGGGCCUGGCGGUGCCGGUGUCGGCCGAGGACCUGGUGGAGUCGUGCUUCGCCCCGGCGCUCCCGCCCUCCUCCUCCUCCUCCUCAUCCUCAUCCUCCUCUUCCUCCUCUCCCUCCCGUCUCGUCCUGCACUUCUACGUGAAGAAGAUGGAGGAGGCGCAGAUCCGCGAGGUGGAGAAGGCGGCCGUUUGCACCGCCGCAGAUCACGGGCUGGAGGUGAUGGGGAUGCUGCGGGUCCCGCUCUACGGCGCGAAGAGCCUCUCGUCCUUCCUGUCGCACUCCUUCAUCGGUAACGCCCGCGGCCAGCUGGUCAGCUCCCUGCUGCGCCUGCAGCUGGUCUCCCCCAAGAUGAUGCACCAAGCCCUUACGCUGUCACUGCAGGUCCACGCUAGCUCCGGAACGGACCUGCGGGGGGCGCUGGCGCUCACGGAGAAGCACGGCUGGGGCGCUAGCGCCUCACGGAGAAGCCCGGCGGACGCUAGCGCCCGGCGAAGCCCGGCAGAUGCUAGCGCCCGGCGAAGCCCGGCGGAUGCUAGCGCCUCAUGGAGAAGCCCGGCGAACGCUAGUGACCUGCAAAGCCCGGCGGACGAUAGCGCCUCACGGGGAGGCCCGGUGGAUGAUAGCGCCUAA